AUGGCACCAGCCACUAGUUUGUCCUCUACGGCAUUGACCCCUUAUAUCAAGUCUCUUUUGCUUAGCCCCCCAAACUUGACCCCUAAUGAUUUGGCAGUGGCAUUGCGGUUGAUUUUCCAGCAGAUCCCUUCUGAUAUUCAAGUUGCUUCAUUCUUGACUGCUUUAUCAUUGUCCAAACUCGACAAAGACGCCAAGUACAUCUCAACUGCCGUGCAAACUAUAUUGGAAUUCUCAGAUGUGCCUAAUAUCAACUCACUGUAUUGUGCAGGGAGAAUAUUUACAGAUAUCGUGGGCACUGGGGGAGACGGUCAAAACACUUUCAACGUAUCUACAUCAUCUGCAAUUGUUGUUGCAGGUAUCCCAAACACUAAUGUUGUGGUAACAAAACACGGGGGUAAAGCCUCGACUAGUAACUCUGGUGCUGGGGAUUUAAUUGCCCGCUUGGGUAUCAAUACCGCGAAAAUCAAUGCCAAAACCAUUCCAAAAUUAAUCGAGGAAGAUAAUAAUAAAUUUAUCUUUUUGUUUGCUCCGAGUUUCCAUAAUGGUAUGAGAAUCGUUGCCGAUGUGAGAAAACAACUCGGGAUACCGUCAAUAUUCAACAUUUUGGGUCCGUUAUUGAACCCAAUUAGACUACAAUCCAGGGUGUUGGGGGUUUUCUCCGAGGAGUUGGGGUACAUUUAUGCGCAAACAGCAAAGGAGUUAUACCCUAAAUUAUCCGCUGAUGAGCUAAAUGGAUCAAAUAAGUAUAGCACUAUUGUUGUUUGGGGUGAGGUUGGAUUGGACGAGGUUUCGCCAAUUGGAAGAAGCAAGAUCUGGUAUAUCGAUCCAAUCUCCGGAGAGAUACAAACUGAAUACAUUAGUCCAAAGGACUUUGGGUUACCUGAACACUCCUUGGAAUCAGUAAGAUCAGGAACACCACAAGAAAAUGCCAAUGUUUUAAUGAGGAUUUUGAAAGGUGAUACGACUCCAGCAGAUAAGCCAAUAGUCGAUUACAUUUUGAUGAACAGUAGUGUUUUGGCGGUCAGUAGCGGUAUUGCCGCAGACUGGAAGGACGGGGUUAGACUAGCAAAAGAGAGUCUUAAAACUGGCGGCGCAUUAGAAGCCCUUGUUCAUUUAUGUGAAAAAGUUGAUCAAUUAUAG